UCCUCCCCCCCGCCCGCCCCCAGCCCUCCCCAACUGGGAGCUGCAGGCCCACAGCCCGGCGGGAAGACAGCUGAGGGCCGGCAUCACAGCAGCCCCGAGUCAUGUGGCGUGCUCUCCUCUGGGUGUCGGCGCUGCUCGGCGGGGCCGGAGGCUCCAGCCCGCAGAAGCUCUUCGGGACGGUGACAUCGCCGCGGUACCCCAAGCCGUACCCCAAUAACGUCGAGACCACCACAGUCAUCGAGGUGCCCCGGGGAUACCGGGUGAAGCUGGUCUUCCGGAUGUUCGACGUGGAGCCGUCCGAAGCGUGUUUCUAUGACUACGUCAAGAUCUCUGCGGAUAAGAAGAGCCUGGGGCGGUUCUGUGGGCGCCCGGGGUCACCCCGGGGCCGCCCCCCCGGGAGGACGGAGUUCCUCUCCCUGGGGAACCGGAUGCUGCUCACCUUCCACACCGACUUCUCCAACGAGGAGAACGGGACGGCCAUGUUCUACAAGGGAUUCCUGGCCUAUUACCAGGCCGUGGACCUGGACGAAUGCACUGCCCCACACAGCCCGCUGGACGGGGGCGCGGGGCCCCCGUGCCAACAUCUCUGCCACAACUACAUCGGGGGGUAUUUCUGUUCCUGCCGUGCGGGCUACGAGCUCCAGAAGGACGGUUCGUGCCGAGCCGAAUGCAGCCGGGAGCUGCACACGGAGCCCUCGGGGUUCAUCUCCAGCCUCGAGUACCCCCGUCCCUACCCCCCGGACUUGAGGUGCAACUACAGCAUUCGUGUGGACAGGGGGUUCAGCCUGCACCUCAAAUUCCUGGAGCCCUUCGACAUCGACGACCACCAGCAAGUCCACUGCCCCUACGACCAGCUCCAGAUCUACGCGAGCGGGAAGAGGCUGGGCGAGUUCUGUGGGAAGCAGAGGCCCCCGGACCUGGACGUCAGCAGCAACGCCGUGGACGUGGUGUUCUUCACUGACGAGUCAGGGGACAGCCGGGGCUGGAAGCUGCGCUACACCACCCAAACCGUCAAGUGCCCCCAGCCCAAGGCCCUGGAUGAGUUCACCAUCAUCGAGAAGCUGAAGUCGCUGUAUGAGUAUCGGGACUACUUCGUGGCCACCUGCAAGCAAGGCUACCAGCUGGUAAAGGGAGACCAGGUGCUGUCUUCCUUCAGCACCACGUGUGGACACGACGGCAUGUGGGAUCGAGCCAUGCCCCGGUGCAAGAUCAGGGACUGUGGACCGCCCCGCGCGCUGCCCAAUGGGGACUUCCGCUACGUCACGGCCGAGGGAGUGAGCACCUACCAGGCCCAGAUCCAGUACCAGUGCCGGGAGCCCUACUACGCCAUGAGCACCCGGGAGGGCCGCAGCGAGGCCCAGCGGGGGGCCUACACCUGCACCGCGCAGGGCGUCUGGAAGAACGAGGAGGAGGGAGAGAAGAUGCCCCGCUGUCUGCCAGUGUGCGGGAAGCCGGUGCACCCCGUGCGGGAGAAGCAGCGAAUCAUCGGGGGCCACACGGCCGAGCUGGGCAACUUCCCGUGGCAGGCCUACACCCACAUUUACGGCCGGGGUGGGGGGGCCCUGCUGGGGGACCGCUGGGUCCUCACGGCGGCCCACACGCUGGCCCCCAAAGACUACGAGCCCCACGAUGCCCACGAGCGCCCCCCGAUCGACGUGUUCCUGGGCCACACCAACGAGGAGGAGAUCAAGAAACUGGGGGUGCGCCGCGUGCGCCGCGUCCACGUGCACCCCGACUACCGCCAGGACCAGCCGCACAACUUUGAGGGUGACCUGGCCCUGCUGGAGCUGGAGAGCAGCGUCCCCCUCGGCCCCCACCUUCUGCCCAUCUGUCUCCCCGACAACGAGACUCUGUACGAGCCGGGCCUCGUGGGCUUCGUCAGCGGCUUUGGCCUCACGCGCGACAAGAUCGCCUUCGACCUCAGGUUCGUGCGGCUGCCCGUGGCCCAGCGCGGGGCCUGCGAGACGUGGCUCCGGAGCAAAGGAAGCCACGAUGUCUUCUCCCACAACAUGUUCUGCGCGGGGGACCCCAGGCUGAGACAGGAUGCCUGUCAGGGGGACAGCGGGGGCGUGUUCGCGGCCAGGGACCACGAGGCUGACCGCUGGGUGGCCACGGGCAUCGUGUCGUGGGGCAUCGGCUGCGGCCGUGGCUACGGGUUCUACACCAAGCUCCUCGGCUACGUGGAUUGGAUCCAGAAGGUGAUGGGGGAGGAAGAGGAGGGCUGAGAGCCCCCCGAAUCCACCUAGAAGGCAAGCUAGAAAAAGGAUCGUGGGAGGGGGGCUGGGGGGAGAGUCUGGUGCCUCACGUCUGUAAUCCCGGCCACUUAGGAAGCUGAG